AUGGAAUCUUUCAGGGUUAUUGUGACUGGUGGCAGUGUUGUAGGCCUUGUUCUCGCCAACGCGCUCGAAAAGGCUGGCAUCGAUUACAUUGUUCUCGAGAAGCGGGAGAUCGCUCCUCACCUAGGCGCAUCUAUCUCCGUUCUGUGUCAAUCAGCCAGGGUAUUCGAGCAGCUAGGGAUUUGGAAAAGGAUGCUGAAGGAGAGUCUACCCUUGAAGGAUCGCCUGCAUUUUGAUGAACAUGGUAACCUCUUUGAGAACACGGCCGUGUUGAGGCUGAUUGGAGAGCAAACAAACCGGCCCUUCCUCUUCGUAGAGAGGAGAUCCUACAUUCAGACAUUGUACGACAACUUGGAUGCAAAACACAAAGUGCGGGACUAUACCGGCGUUGUAUCGUUCAGGGAGGACGAGGAUGGCGUGACCGUUGUCACGGAUAAAGGGGAGGAGAUCAAAGGCAGCAUCUUGGUUGGGGCUGAUGGCAUCCAUAGCACUGUGAAGCGGUUGAUGGAUGGGAAUUCUGGAGAGUCCGACGCAACAGGGGCCGAAAAGUUGAACGACAGCUUCGUGGCCACGUACAGGGUUGUUUUUGGCACGUCACGCAACGCACGGUCUGACGACUCCUCCGAGCCUUACCUUCCCGGUGCUGCAGUCCACAACGUUUAUUACCGAGGGGUCUCUGGCAUAGCUGCUGCUGGGGUUGAAGGGCUCGUGUUCUGGUUUCUGUUCGUCAAGGAGGAUUCGCCUUCAAGAACGCCGCAUUGCCCGCGAUACACGGACGAAGACGCACAAAGAACAAUCGACAAGUACGGCCAUCUGGCUUUGGGACCAGGCUACACCUUCUGCAAUCUCUGGGAGAGCAGGAUCAGAGCUUCCAUGGUGCCUCUGGAGGAAGGGGUUCUUGGCAGGUCAUGGAAUAGUGGGAAAAGGGUCGUGCUGAUGGGUGACUCUGUUUCCAAAUCUACUAUCAACCCAGGGCUCGGUGGUAAUACUCACAUUGAAGGCAUUUGCAAUUUCGUCAACGAGCUGAAGCCACUCCUCGAGAACUCUCCCAAGCCGACGACGGAGGAAAUCCAUUCGUUAUUCCAGAAGUAUGAGGACAAGCAGCGGCCCCGAGCCACAGCGUGCGUCAAUGUUUCGUCUUACAUCACACGAUUCGAGGCGAUGGACACAUGGUACUGGCGUCUCGCUAGGAUCAUAUCGCCUUGGGUACCCGACAGCCUCAAGGCCAAAGCAUUCUUGAACUUCAUCAGUUCUUCUCCUAUACUGAACUUCUUGCCAGACCCGGAUAGGGAGAUCUGA